GAAAAAUAAGGUCUGCCUACUACAAUUGGCGGUGGGGUUGAUUGAAUUCCGCGCACUAUGUGAUAUUUAGAACCCCAACUUCAUGCUGCAAAUAUUUGCAAUCUUCGACUAAUUUGUAACAGAAUAGACAAUAAAAACAACGCAUGCGCUCAAAUGCCAUUGCAACAGUGAGAGAUGAAAGCCAUUUCAAAAUUAGUGGAGUUUCUUUAGUAAGAAAUAUUCAACUGAUGUCAGUAAAUCUCCAAUGCAGACAAGCAAAAAUCAGUCAGCCAUUAUGCAUGGGAGGAAGAGCAUAUAUAUCCCAUUAUAGAAGAAACUUUUCAAUAGAAAAAAAAAACUGUUUAAAAGUUAGCACACAACAGUUAGUAUUAGAGAAAGUAAAUAUUUUGAAGUUCCCUGUUUGUAGUUUCGGUUGAAAUUCGAAACCUUACGUUACGAAAAUAUAUAUAUUUACUGCGAUAAGCUAACGUUUAGCAUUCGAAAUUGUAUAUUUUGGUGUAUUUUUACAAAAGCAAAAAUAGUUGCUAUUUCCAUAACUCUAACGUCAUGGCUGAUGAGGGAGCGAAUCCGGAAAAAGAAGCAGAAAAGAAAAUCGUGCACACAUAUCCGCUUGUCAAGCAUUCAGAUAUGAACGAAGAAAUGCGCACAGAAGCUAUAGAGAUGAGUAUUACAGCUUGUGAAAAAUAUUCGAGCAAUUAUGAGCAAGCGGCACGUGUUAUCAAGGAAACCAUGGAUAAGAAGUUCGGUAUUUAUUGGCAUGUGGUUGUUGGUGAAGGCUUUGGAUUUGAAGUUUCCUACGAAACCAAAAAUAUUUUAUACCUUUUCUUCGGUGGAAAUUUAGCAAUUUUGCUAUGGAAAUGUUCAUAAUAACAAGAAAGACAAAAACUGAAAUACAUGUGUGAGUGUGUGUAUGUAAAAACGUUACUAUGCAGAAAUCAGUUAAAAACGAAAUUACAUACUAUUACGUAAAGAAAAUAUUAUAAUAAUUGCAGUGCAGUCCGAAAGUUGGAAGAAUUUGACUAUUUAGGGAACAAAUAGGGAAAGUGUAUAAAAUUUAGUAAAAUACCACAGAAAACAAAUGGUUUACAUACCCGUACCUAAAUUUUAAUAAAACUUAUAAUAUUAAUAAGAACAUAUUAAUAAAAAAAAAUCAAAACAAAAUAUGAUAUGAAACUUGGUGAUCACCUAAAUGCAAUACAAUAAUUGUAAAUAUUUUUUAUACGACUAAUGUAUUGAAAUUUAUAAUAUAGAAAUAAAUUAUAAGUAAUUUAAAA